UCCUUCUUCUUCCAGGUGUUUGCUGAACUCUUUGACCCGGUAAUCAAAGACAGACACAAUGGCUACGACCCCAGAACCAUGACGCAUCCCACCGACCUCGAUGCCUCUAAGAUAAAACACGGGAUGUUUGAUGAGCACUAUGUUCUGUCAUCCCGCGUGCGGACAGGCCGCAGCAUCCGUGGGCUGAGCCUCCCUCCGGCCUGUUCCAGGGCCGAGCGUCGUGAGGUGGAGCGGGUCGUAGUGACCGCUCUGGCUGGACUAAAGGGAGACCUCGCUGGGCAUUACUACAGCCUGGGAGAUAUGACGGAGAAAGAGCAACAACAGCUUAUUGAUGAUCAUUUCCUGUUCGACAAGCCUGUGUCUCCAUUAUUGACAUGCGCCUUCAUGGCCAGAGACUGGCCGGAUGCCAGGGGGAUCUGGCACAACAACGACAAGACCUUCCUAAUCUGGAUUAAUGAGGAGGACCACACCAGAGUCAUCUCCAUGGAAAAGGGAGGCAACAUGAAGAGAGUGUUUGAGAGAUUCUGCAACGGCCUCAAACAGGUGGAGCAUCUGAUCCAAGAGAGGGGCUGGGAGUUCAUGUGGAACGAGCGUCUGGGGUACAUCCUCACAUGCCCCUCCAACCUGGGGACCGGCCUCCGGGCGGGGGUGCAUGUCCGCCUGCCCAAACUCAGCCAGGAUCCACGCUUUUCUAAAAUCCUCGACAACCUGCGGCUGCAGAAGCGAGGCACUGGCGGUGUGGACACAGCCGCAACCGGGGACACCUUCGACAUUUCCAACCUCGACCGUCUGGGCAAAUCUGAGGUGGAGCUUGUUCAGCUGGUGAUCAACGGAGUCAACUACCUGAUCGAGUGCGAGAAGAAGUUGGAAAAGGGUCAGGACAUCACGGUCCCAGCUCCGCUCGUCAUGUUCAAGAAGUGAGAGCCGAACUCGCGGGCGCUUUUAGCGGGAGACCCGGCGGGAUGGGAGAACCUUGGCACUAGGAGGUUGAUGUCCGUCUCAAAGAUUGUGACUCUUCAGGGUAAAAAGAUCUUCGACAUGACCUGCAGAAAGUCUACCUCAAGUAACGGCUUACCCUGACUUCAAUAAAAAAAAAAAAUAUAUU